CAGUCAUUUCACCAUUAGAUGGAAGCACCUUUGUUUUCUCUCUCUUAAAAAGUAGUAUGUAACUACAAGACACGUCCCUUUCUUUUCAUUAAAAUAAGUCUCAAGAAUAAAAAACAAAUACAGAAGCAGAAUUUCUGGACAUUAUGAUGAUUGAUUGAGAGGUGUUCAUUUUACAAUCAGAACCCUUCCAAAUUCCAAAACUAUUGCUUCUUGGUUCUGCUUCUUUCUUUAAAUAUAUACACUAGUUUUGUUUUCUAUUUUAUUUUCUUCUGCUCAGUAGUUUUUUUUUCUUCACUUGGAUGAAGCACAAGAAUUUUCUGCUGGAUUUUGGAAUUUGGGACAUCAUUAUUUCCUGUGUACAAAGUGUCAGUUCAAAGUGUAAUUGGAUUAAUUAAUUGUUUCUGUUAUGAAAAAUUGGUUGUUUCAAUUGCUUUAUGAAGUCAAAGAUUGGAUCUUUUUUGAAUUCUACUAGGUGGGGUUGUUUGCAAUGGGCUGCUACUGGUCAUUCUUGAGAUGAAUUAUUGAUGAAGGAAAGCAGUUUGAUGAGGGUUUUGUUCUGCAAAAUCCAUUGUCCAUUUAUUUGCUUCUGUAAACCCUCUGCUGCUCAUCUUUACACUUCAGGUCCAUUGAAACUGGAAAGUGGCCCACAUGUCACUCCAACACUUGUUUCUGAUCAACAAUCUGUUGCUGCUGAGGUCAAAGAAGAGAGUCCUUUAGAUGGAAACCAACUUCCUGAAAAUGAUCUUAAAAGCUGUAUUAGGAAAAGCCCUAAUUCUUCUAAGGAGAUUGGCAAGAAGAGAGUUCAAUGGAUGGAUAACAUAGGGAAAGAACUUGCUGAGAUCAAGGAGUUUGAAUCCAGUGAAACGGGGGAUACUGACACUGAAGAGGAGACAAGACAUUGUCUAUGCAUUAUUCUUUGAUGCUGCUCAACCAGCUUCUUCCUGAAACUACUUCCAAAGUAGGGCUGCAGUUUAACCUAACAGAAGACAAUGAGGAAUUGACUUCAUGUGCACGGGAACUUUGUUCAUGAUUAGAAAAGUUACAGGCGCUAAAGUCACUCAUCUAAGCAUGCUUCCAUCAGAAUUGCUAUUCUUAUUGCAUUUACAUCGAGAAUUUCUUCCAUGCCGUGCUUUAGUAGAAGCGGAGUUGAUGCUGUCAUUUCAAAGCUAGACUCCUCAUUUGAGUACAUUUCAUUAUCCGGGGAACAUCCUACACGGGAAUGAAGGUUGUUCAUGUAUCACUUUCCUGCCAUUGCGGAUCGUGAUCACUUCAAGCUUCUUAUGUGAGAAUUCAUGUCAACUGACAAUUGUUCCCUGUUGUAAACACGUGAAGCUUUUAUUCUUGCUUGAUUCUUCUGAGCAAUAAAACCACACACAAACUAACUGUUUUCUCCUGCAGUAAGUUUUCUGGUUCUAGCAUCUGAAGGCUACUGAAAAAGCUGUGCGCACAAAUGUUGAACUAUAAAGAACAAGCAGCAUGUAUUGUUUCUGUUGUUUUCUCCAAAUAAUAAACUUUGAAUGAGUUUCAGCUUUGUAGACCAAUAA